UUUAAGGAUGCCAUUUAGCGGAAUGGCGUUGUGGCGAACCCACUCUCGGCAGUAGCAGAAUUUCCAAUUUCUCGGCAAAAGACGCAGUCCAUGGCCAACGCCCACGCGAGCACCAGGGCUCCCGCGCCGCCGCCUCAUCCACCGAUGCUUCUUCGGCCGCCGCCGCAGCCCAGGGCGGCGCCGUUGCGCCCCCGCCGCCUCCCUCGUCCGCCGAUAGGCGCACCCCGCAGCCCGGAGACGGAGGCCGCACCGACGGAUCGAGCUCCGCCGCUGCGGCGGCCGAUCGGAAGGGAAAGAAGCCGAUGUCGGCGUCUGAUGAUCGGAAACAGGCGCGAAGGAAGGAGAAGAGGAAAUCUGGUUACCCGAAAGAGAAGUUGCUCGAGAGUAGCAUGCGUUCGUAUCAAGGCCCCGCCAAGGAGGAGCAUUCAGACAGAGAAGGAGAACAACCGAACUCUCCCAGUCAAAAUUCCAGAUCUAGCAUGUCAAAAUCUUUUCCUCAGGUGUUUCACAAGAAACUUCCUAUGGGAGACGCCGUGUAUUAUUAUUUCAAGGACAUCUAUGAUGCUCUUCGGAUAGCACAAGUUGGUGUACGUUUGAUAUUUCUUGAUCAUGAUUAUUCAGAAUUUAGGCCGGUUGUUCCAGAUGAGGAGUGCUUCUAUAGGAGUUUCAUAUUUUCCUAUCUGGAGCAAGUUGUUGAUAGGAUAGACACACUUUGGGAAGACCGCCUUCUUGCUGCUCUUAGAGAAUUGGAUAGACGAGCUGAACGUUUUCAGCGGGCCUCUGAAUUUUCCCGGAGACGCAAAGAGAUGCACACCGUUGUUACACAAUAGUGGCAUGACAUCGCAGUGUUAAUUCUAACAAAUUUGUGUAGUUAAUUACCUGAUUGAACAAAUAUUCAACCUUGCAAAAAAAUUUUGCAGUUGCACAGUACUAGUAAAGAAUACAAUGGAGACAAACAAAGUUAUAUGUGUCUUACGUUGAUGACUGAAAUGCUGUACACAUGCUCCUUCAUGGUGUGGCCAUCUGAUCCUAAGUCUUCCUUCUUACUACUAUCUCAUCAAAUAUUAUUUCGAAUGAUUAUCUUCAUACUUGUACUUUAACUAUGGAAGCUUCUCAGGCGAGUUAUGCUAGUCAUGUUUGUUCAUAUCCAAUUAUUGAUGAUCAGCAUUCUGUAAGCGCCAUUGUAAGAUGCUGGUAACUCUUUGGUUGAUAGAUGCCAGCUGUAUGCAAUGAUUUAUUGUAUCAUUGAUUCUUGCAGGUAUUUGUGAAGCUGAUUGCGAAAAUAAAGGGAUGGAAGCGCAUGCGGGAUUACCCACCGUCAAGAGUCAGCUACAGCAGCGUGGAAUUUCUCCUCGAGUUCUUCAGCAGUUAUGAUUCAACGAAUGACAUUUUUGCUUUCCUCAGAUUAGUAGCAGCUACCUGGAUUUGCACGCACAAAGGGAGAUAUGGACAGCAUGUAAGAGAAGGUCAAAGUCCGGAAGAUUGGUGCUCGAUGCUGGUUAUUCCUCCCCAUGCGCCGGAAGACCGGAUCAUACCAAUAGCCUUAGCGGAAGCACUACAAUGAUGGAACUAGUCUAGAUACGCACUACAAUGUUGCCCGUGGCACACCCCGAGUGAGCUUGCUGCUCAUAGAGUCUAGAUAUGGCAUCAUCUACGCACUCCCUCCUAGUGCUGCUACUCCUACUAGCCGUCCAAAUCAGCCAAGGCCUGAUCCUGUGGCGAGACCGGGAUUCUGGUGGUUCGAUUGCUGCUUUGUUGUUCCCAAGGAGAGCCUCUUGCAAGGCAGCACGGCCUAGCCGGUCACCAGCUACAGAGCAGGCCAAGCAAAUCCUGCACUGACUCUUCGAGAGUUCAAGGCAAGGGGCAGUCUUCAACUGAUGAAGCUCUAGUUAGCACCUGGGUUGAUGAUGAAUGUAUACAGGCCAUCAUAAUCUGUUGUCCUGUGAGGAGUAGGAACGUAAACAUUGAUCAUUCCUGAAUUUGUGCUCUUAAGUAACUCGAUCGAUCUUUGACAUGGCUUUGUUGCCCCCCACAGGAUUUUGAUAUGUAGAUAAAUGUGAUCAGAUGAAUCCAAGGUAUUGCGGUUUUCGUUUCUGGUCGA